CGUUACUUGACAUCCACCCUUAGGUUAACCGUGACAGCCCUAGUAGGACCUACAGUUGUAAGUAUGUUCGAAACUAUUUCGUCUUGGUGGUCACCGUCGCCGGCGCCGGCACUGGUACCAAAAGAAAAGUAUGAUCCCACAAACCCCAAGAUGAACCCUCUCAACCCACAAGGUCUUAAACCAUGCUGCGCCUGCCCAGAAACGAAAUCUGCUCGUGAUGCUUGUUUUCUCCAGAAUGGCAGUGAGGAAGGCAAAUGUGCAGAGCUACUUAAGAAGCAUGUCGAAUGCAUGCGAGGACUCGGAUUCAACAUUUAGUUGCGGUGAUCAUAGUAUUCAGUCGUGAGUUGAAAUCAUUUCCCCUUGCAUUCUUUUUACAUACUGAAGCAUUUCGAUGUGAACAGCCCACCACGACCUAGGCACAUUU